GGCCUUAAGAGUUUCACUUUCAUCACCAGCAACACUAGCUCCGCCGGCUGGUGGCACCGGCGCGGAACGUUUAUCAACAUAGUAGCCGCCAUUAGCCGCCGUUUCGCAGCGUCCGCGGUAUAUUUUACACACGACGUCGAGCGAGUCCCGUCAUUUCGGGCGUAUCUUGAACGAAGUCUUCUUCCAUGUGUCGAAUGAAGAAUUGUUGCUGAGACUUUCUUUUUUUUUUUAUCAUCACAUAUAAAUUAUGGCUCGAAGUAGGAAAGACAGUACGGGCAAGAGCGACUCCGAAGCCACAGAUAAGGAGAACAAAAAAGAUAGAGGUAGGGAUAGAGAACGCAAAAAGCGAGCUGCUUCUUCUUCGAGCAGUGGUAGCAGCUCAUCAGAUAGCAGUUCUGGAUCUUCAUCUUCUAGCAGCAAUAGCAGUUCAAGAUCGAGCUCUUCUUCCACUAGUUCAAGUAGUAGCUCGCCAAGCUCCUCGGGUAGUUCACGAGAUCGUAGAAAACGAAGUCGCAGCAAGAGCGUUGAUGCCUCACGAAGACACGAUAACAAAGAGAAGGAAAGGGACAAAGAAAGAGAGAGAGAAAGAGAUAGAGACAGAGACAGGGAGCGCGAUCGUGAAAAAGAAAAGAAAAAGAGUAAUUCUAUUGUUGAAAAACCCAAAGCUAAACGUUCAAGAUCUCCUUCUCCACGUAGAAAGCGCAGAGAACGCUCUCCAAUUCCUAGACCAACAAAAAUACAUAUUGGACACUUAACAAGAAAUGUGACGAAGGAGCACAUUAUGGAGAUAUUUUCAGCAUAUGGCAAUAUAAAAAUGGUUGAUUUUGCGAUGGACAAACUUCAUCCCAAUCAAGGACGGGGAUUCGCAUACGUUGAAUUUGAAACUGCGGACGAAGCAGAAAAUGCUAUGAAGCACAUGGACGGGGGUCAGAUCGACGGACAAGAAAUUACAGCUGCUCCGGUAUUAUUGCCGAAACCCCGCCCGUUGCCCAUGCGUCGCAUGUCUCCUGGAAUGGGAAGACGGGCACCUCCACGGUGGGGAGGCGGUGGUAGAAACACGCCGCCGCGUUAUCGCAGACGUUCGCCACCCGUGAAUCGCCGCAGAAGUCCACGACCGCCGCGACGUAGAAUAAGAACACGAUCGCGAAGCCCACCCGGGAAUCAACGACACAGACAUCGUCGUUAUACUCGGUCGAGCUCGAGUAGCUCCCGAUAAACAGUUUCUCUUGUACAUAAUAAAAAACUAUUAAUAUCGACAUGAUGAUGAAAAUUACGAUAUAAAUCGCGUCAUUGGUAAACAAUAAAAUACAAAAAAAUACAAAGUACUAUAGGAUAAGUUUAUGCAAAAUUCGCUCUAUCACGAAAACUUGGUUAUAAAUAUUACUAUUCAGUGUCCAACGGUAUAUCUUAUAACCAUAUUGUGUAAGAAAAAUACAUUAAUUUCGCAGUAUGUGCAGUAGUGUGUGACAUUUUUACAGUUAAUUGUUUCCUUAAAUUUUUACGAAAACAUAUUGUAACGUUUUUUUAUAUAUAUAAAUUACACGAGAUACGCUGUCAAAAAGGACACACGGAGACCCACUUUUUAUACAUGUAGAAAAAAAUUAGUAUAUCUGUUUUUAAAAACGUGUACGUUAUAUACAGAUUUUUUCUAGUCACCUACAUCCAUUUAUUCGCGCGUACUUGACGUUUAAAAAAAAUGAGUAAUCGUGAUUGUGCACAUUGCGACAGGUAAGGUAUGCACAUUUUUCACUUCGCGUCUACACAAUUACGCAAUCAACUCGCUAGUGUACGUUCAAAUUAAUAAAUCUUAUACAUAUGCGCGUGGAUCAAGUAACAAAACACAAACACGUAAACUUGAAAAAUUAUUACAUAGUUUUCCGAAUAACGAUAAUAUACGACGAGCGCGAAAAAGAUAACAAAAAUCUGAGAACAAUUUAAAAGAAAUGGAUGUGGUACACGUACACGUACUGUGGGAGAGUAUGCGUUUUUGUAAACGUCUUGCAUACGUAAAAAGUGUGUGUUACAGGAUAUUGGUCAGAAUACUGAAAACAACAAGAUUGAUAGAAACUAUGAUUAUUAGAUCCUUUUACAAAGAAUCAAUUUUAGAAAAAACCUAUUCACACAAAAUCUUCUUUUUAUACUUUGAGAUAUCUACAUCAACAAAAUCAUUGCAUCACAUUGUAACUUCGCAUCGAUGAAAAAUAUCUACAAUUUUUUUUUUUUUUUUUUUUUUUUUUAAACUGCGUGUAUAAUUAGUAAUUGUACAAUAUACAAGUUUUAUGGUGAUUUUUUUUACGGUAAUAUAAACGAAACGCGGAGAAAGACUGAGAAACUGAUUAUUUAAAAAGUACAUUCUCUCUUCAUUUGAGGCACCAGGGAUAUUUGAAUGUAAACCUGGUCCAUGGCACAGAACCUUUUUUUUUUUUAAAGAGAUCUCUCUUAUAUAUCGUAUUGGCUCUCUGGUAACACAACAAUGCAUAUAUAUAUAUAUGGCUGAUAAUCGAGAAAAAUAGUUUAAAAAAAAAGAGGGAUAAAAUCACUAUAAAAAUUUUUUUUUUUUAUAAACAUUUAAAAAAGAAAAACUGAAUGCUGUGCACACAUGCAUGGUAUUAAAUAUUCUUUGAUUUAAGCACUUUGGCACGGAUAAACUGCUGUUAUAUUAAGCAUCAUCCAGUGUUUUUUCUUUUAUUUUUUUCCUCGAAAGAUGUUUUUUUCAAAAGAAAUCCAAUUGUCAUAAAUUUUGUUUGAAGAUAAUUUGAUUUCUUUUGCACUUCUGAUAUUAUAUUGUAACGAUCCAUGAUAAGAAAUUAAAUCAUUUGCUAUAGUUGAACCGGCCUUUUUUUUUUUGUUUUUUUUUUUAUAUAUCACAGGAUAGCACCGAAGUGCCGCUGUAUAAUCCAGCAUAUAAAUGAGAAAAAGAAAAGAAAAAAGCAACUUGUGCUGCCGAAAGCCAAAGAACACUUUUUUUUGUUUUUAUAUAUGCCCUUACCUUCUUCCCCUUCUAUCGUUU